GGGCGUCGUGCAGGGCGAUGCACUAUGACCGACGAAAUAUGUCCCUCGUGUAUUCACCUGCACAGACUAACAGCUGACAGGGAAUAAAGACACAUAUCUGUGUGACUAUGGUGGGGAAAGCACACACCACAGGUGCCCAUUUAUAUCUACAUGUCAGAACAGUGUGUUUUUGAUAAGGACACACAGUUACACCAAUGUACACGUCUGUUCGUACAGGUGACCGAUCGCUCCAGGAAGUAACGGUGCUGUGGUAGAAUAAACAAGUCACCUUUCCUACCGUGUAACCUUAUUUUCUAUUGCGCUGUAUAUAUAUAUAUAUAACAGACAGGUAUAGCCAUGAGUACUGUAGAGGAGAGGUACUCUGGUGAGGUCGUCGGCUGUGAUAUCGGUGAUGUCACCCUACAAAUACAUCUCCCAUGCGACGAUGAUGAAGAGUUUGACGAGUUUCCCGAUAACGAACCCCUAUUACGGAACUGUAAUGGUGGACCAUCUAAAAAAGCUCCAUCUACCGGCGAAGGUCACGUGGCUUCACAGACAAGUAGGACCAAUGGAAGACGGCUCCCCAGACGUCAAAUAUCAGCACCGACAAACGUUACAGGCAGUUUAGGAAUAUGCAAUGGAAAUGAACUUCCGUAUAAUCCCCGUCCGCCACCAAUAACUCGCCGACAGACCAUGCCUUCGAACCUGACACAAGCUGUAACGGAAUGUCCACGGGACGUUAUACUAGAAGAAAACGUAUACGAAAUAUCGGAGACCUCCCCCACCCAAAUAAACAUUACAUGGACACCACCAUCAAACUUCAAUGAAAUACCUAAACUUGUAUAUGAACUUCAGCUUAAAAAGGAAAAUGAUGGUGAUUGGUUAAACUUGUCAGACCGCGGAAUCCCUAUUGUUAGGGUGUACACGACAGAAACAAGGUUUAUCUUGGACGGUGAAAGGAGGACUUUUUCUGAGGGACAAUGCACGUGGUGGUUAAGGAUAAGGGCCGUGAGUAAGGGCCAAUAUAUCCGUAUCGAGGGACCCUGGAGUAAAGACAUCACGUUAAAUAUACUCGGUAAUGUAUCACAUGUUCCCAUUGGUGGAACCCCGUGAUACGUAGUGUCAUCUAUGAAACCCCACAGAGACGCCAACAAUCUAACGUGACUUUCUGGACCCGUUACCAUAAAGCAGGCCUCAUACAACAGUUCUUAUUUAAACAAGGAAGUUUCGUGUUAUUUUGAUUUCGUACGUGAUUAAGGAACACCGUUCCAUUGGCAACAACUGUAAAUAUGCUUUGCUAAUUCAUUUCUGAAAUGAAAACUGUACCUUCCGGAACUCUAAUGAGAUAUUACAAAAAAUAAAAGAAAUAAAAAGAAAUAAAAAG